CUCUUUGGCGUUUUGGAAAGAGAGACUGCGCCGAUUCUGAGAUCUAAAUCGCGUGCAGACUCAGCUCAUUCAUGCAUAGUCAUCAUUACCAUUGGAAUUCGACCAGUCGUUUGGUAAGAGUCCUCCUUACGGCUCUGUGUUUUGUGACGUAGUGAAAGGGUUAAAUUUGGGAGGAGUUCCGACAGAGAGAGGGAGAGAGAGGAGCGACGAGCGACGGGGGGUGGGGCUUAGGCACAGCUGCUGAGUCUCGUCACAAUCUGCAGAGCAUGAUCGCGACAUAGUUUGUAUGGGAACACAACGAUAUCCACAGAACAUAAACACCGGGAAUGGAUCCCCAAGUAAUGCGAACUGGAAAUUUUUUAAAAGGACUGCGCCGAUAACACUGCAUUCGACAGACUGAACAGUCGCAGAAUUUCAUGCUUCGUGUAGAAUGAAACAAGAAGUAGGUUAGCUUGCCGUCGUUCGCAUGAAAGUGGAUUGCACUAAAGGAAAGACUAACGCUGUGAGGCGCAGAGGACGGUCAGUCGUUAUCAUCGCAGAGAAGCAAGUUCGCACCGAAGACCAUAUUUACGGGAUUUCGCACUAUUUGAAAUACAUGUACUUGUUAAAUGUGGAGGGGUGAGCUACUUCUUGAUAUCGACGGGAGAUUGUUUUAUUUUUCAGCGCUGGAUUGAUUUUGUACGAUAGAGUUUCCAUUUUUUUACGAGGACAGCUUAUUCACCGUGGGGAAUUUAUUUCGCAUUUUCAUCUUGAGAAAGUUAUUGCUGUGGAAAUAUGAAAUAUUAUUAACCAACGCGCUUAGAGUCACUUCAGGAGCAACAUGCUGAAGAAUGCAGUUUCAGCACGUUUUUUCUGAUGUGGUUUUGCUGAUUUUUUCACAGUUGUAAUUACUCGUUUUCGGACAACGUGUGGGAAUCUACCCACCUCGUUCUCCCAAAGACCCAGUUGCAUUUGUCUUCAGGGGAUACCCACGUUUUUUUCAUAUUCUGUCGCGGUUUUUUCUGUUCUUCAACCUGCUGAGUUUUGAAUAAAUCAUCAUCAAUGUCUUUUACUUCUACGCAAGAAUAAUGCUAGCGAACUGAAAACCACAAGACUACUUAAUUGUACUUUAUCAACUAUUUAUUUUCUGCAUCCUACUUCAGACGUAUUUUUAUUUUUGAGGAAUAUAUUUCGAUUUUAUUUUUUUCACAACGGCGCAUUAUGUACGAGAGUGUGGAUGUGGUGGGAUUGAAUCCCAGUCCUAACCCAUUUCUAAUGAUGGAUUACUACAACCAGACCAGAGGAUGUUUGAUCCAGGAGAAAGGACUUGUAUCUGGAACACCCCAUCCAUACAGCUCGUCCAUUCGAAACCAGCACUGGAACGGCUCAAAUCACUCCAUAGAAACGCAGAGCACCAGUUCGGAGGAGAUCGUCCCCAGCCCCCCCUCGCCUCCCCCUCCCCCCCGGGUCUACAAGCCCUGCUUCGUGUGCCAGGACAAGUCGUCGGGCUACCACUACGGGGUCAGCGCCUGCGAGGGCUGCAAGGGCUUCUUCCGAAGGAGCAUCCAGAAGAACAUGGUGUACACGUGUCACCGGGAGAAGAACUGCAUCAUCAACAAGGUGACCCGCAACCGCUGCCAGUACUGCCGGCUGCAGAAGUGCCUGGAGGUGGGGAUGUCCAAGGAGUCCGUGCGGAACGACCGCAACAAGAAGAAGAAGGAGGAGAAGAAGCCGGAGUGCGCGGAGAGCCACGCGCUCAGCCCGGCCACCGAGCAGAUGAUCGAGAGGGUGCGCAAGGCCCACCAGGAGACCUUCCCCUCGCUCUGCCAGCUGGGGAAAUACACUACAAACAACAGCUCGGACCAGCGCGUGGCGCUGGACGUGGACCUCUGGGACAAGUUCAGCGAGCUGUCCACCAAGUGCAUCAUCAAGACGGUGGAGUUCGCCAAGCAGCUGCCCGGCUUCACCACGCUCACCAUCGCCGACCAGAUCACCCUGCUGAAGGCCGCCUGCCUGGACAUCCUGAUCCUGCGGAUCUGCACGCGCUACACGCCCGAGCAGGACACCAUGACCUUCUCGGACGGCCUGACGCUCAACCGCACGCAGAUGCACAACGCCGGCUUCGGGCCGCUCACCGACCUGGUCUUCGCCUUCGCCAACCAGCUGCUGCCGCUGGAGAUGGACGACGCGGAGACCGGCCUCCUCAGCGCCAUCUGCCUGCUCUGCGGAGACCGGCAGGACCUGGAGCAGUCGGAGAAGGUGGACGUGCUGCAGGAGCCUCUGCUGGAGGCGCUCAAGAUCUACGUGAGGAAUCGGCGGCCGCACAAGCCGCACAUGUUCCCCAAGAUGCUGAUGAAGAUCACCGACCUGCGGAGCAUCAGCGCCAAGGGAGCUGAGCGGGUGAUCACCCUGAAGAUGGAGAUCCCGGGCUCCAUGCCCCCGCUCAUCCAGGAGAUGCUGGAGAACUCUGAGGGCAUUGAGAGCCAGGGGGCGGCGGGGGCGGCGGCCCGGACCAGCGGGCCCCCCCCCGGGAGCUGCAGCCCCAGCCUGUCGCCCAGCUCCGCCCAAAGCAGCCCGGUCACGCAGUCGCCGUAGCGACGCCCGACUCGGCCCCCUCCCCACUCGCCCUGGACAGCGCCGUCUCCAGGAAGCACCACUGUGUUCCCCACGCCCCCCCCCCCACCCCCGCGAAACUCUCGCAAAGACCUCAAAGGAGUGGCCUCAAAUUAACGAGGUCUCCUUUGGGGGGGUUUACCCUCUAAAAAAAAACUAUACAGUAACACUGCUGAAUUUCUAGACUUUCCACCCCCCACCACAAAGGUUAAGACUUACAAAAGCAACUGGAGCCGUCCCAGGCCAAGAUGUGGAAACUGUUGAUAUGGCAGGGACAGGCGGAAAGGGGAUGGAUGGACAGCCGGACGGACAGGCUGACGGACAGACACUGGACACUGGUCCGUCCUCUGUGCCCGCCUACAGCCAGGACUGAACAAAGACCACGGACAAUGGGUCUUUUCUUGUUUUGGGGGGUAUUUUUUUUGUUUUGUUUUUUUCUUUUUCAACUUUGAGACAGAUUUUUUCUUACGAAAGAUAUAUAAAUAUAUAUAAAAAAUAAGGAAUGACUGAGAUUUUGAAUUGUCCGAGACGGAAUAUGACAUCGGAUGGAAUGACAUUUGAUGGAACAUUUUUUUUGAAAAGUUUUCUCACUGUUUCCGAGAUUAGAUGCAAUUGUUUUUUUUCCUCCACUGUUUUAAUCCUUUCAUAACCAGUGAUUAUUAACAGAGAAAUGUCCAGCUGGCAUUGUUUUAUUGGAGCAAAGGAAAUCAGUGCAUUAAAGAUGUUUAAAAUACAAAUGUAAUUUUCACAUGUGCACAGGGGAAAAAAAAGAAUGGGAUAAAAUAUAUGAUUACACAUAUCUGUUCCAGGUUGGGUUAACUUUUUCUUCUAGGAGGUAUUGAAAAGAAAAUCAUCUUUAACCGGUCGUACAUAAGGUAACAGGUUCUUGGCGAGAAAAAAAAAUAAACAAUGAAGAGUAUCUUUAUUAAGGUGUAUUUUAAGUAGCUUCAGAUCAUGUAUAUAUGCUGUAUUCAUUUCUUUAAACUAUGAAGAGUUUAGCCUUCACUUGAUUUUAUUUUAUUUUUUUAAAUACUUUUUUUUUUUGUGUUUUGUUUUUAGCUUUUGUUUAAGAAAGUCAUUUUACUGCACAUUUUACUGAAGGAAAUCGCAUUGUUGUACUGUGUAGGCCAUUCAGAUAUAAGGGACAGACCUAUAGAAAUCACCACAGGGGACACCCGUCACUGUUUACAGACCCAAGAGAACAACCCACGUUCACUUCACCCUGAAAUAAUUUUUUUUUUUUUUUAAAGAAAAAGGUGGGCACGGAUAGGCCGAAGGGCGCUGUCACUCAGACGAGAACGCUUGGUUUCCACGUCCGUCUUGUCACACGUGUCUCGGGCAGGAGGUGAGUUUUGGGGUGGGGGCUGAGUCGCGCGUUGCCGAUGGAGGGCAAGCGAUGGGAAAGAGAGAGGGUGAGGAAAUAAAAGCGGUGCUUCUCUUCCGCUCACUCCACACAUCCGUGGGGGCCAGAGGAGUCCUUCGGGCGUUGGGCUUCUUUUAAUUCGCCUAUGCGCCGAGCGCAGCUGGAACCGGUGCGUUCCGCAGAGGAGGAAGAUCGGAGACGUCCAGCGUCGCCUGUGCGGUUCACGGCGAAGCUUCCUGGGCUUCCGCGGGACGCCAGCAAGUGUGCGCGCCCGGAACUACAGAACCCAUGGCGCACGGGUGACCGGCAGCCCUCCCCUCGAACCCUGCCUCGAGGAAGUGACAUCACACGGGUCCCACACCUCCUCCUGCUCUCAUAGGCUACUCUCGAUGGGUACGUUUAUCACUUAGAAGUUACUCUGCAUUGUUAUGCAACUCCCGUUACUCACUCUCAGUCUCGCGCGCGCACGCACCUACCUACACACACACACACACACACACACAGAGCUGCCUCAGGAAAGAAUGGUUUUGUCCACGGUCCCGGUUCGGUCGAGGAGGCUUCUCGUUCCCGGAGAAGCGAGCCGGGGGCCCGACUACAUUCCUCCCCCUCCUGGUCACACUGCGACACUGUCACUGACCCCAGGGGUUCAUCAAGUCAAGUUCUCAAAGGAGUAUACAGGAAAGGGAGUGCUUUGGACAGGAAGUUGUCAUCUUAGACACUCGCGCGAAAAUAAAUGCGACGAUGGCCCAGUGAGUCACCCAUCUGUAUAAACUAUGAUUGUGUUUUCCUUUUUUUUUUUUUUUUUUUUUUUUUUUUGUUUUGUGUUAAUUUUAUUUUUUUUAUUUGGGGGUGAUUCCUCAGCUGCUUUCAGAGGCCGGGACUUUGCUGCCUCCAGUACAGCGCACAAUUUCUCUCGUUUCUCUCACCUGGAAUAGAUGCAUACACCUCCAGUUUUGAAAGACAUUAAAACCUUGUUUCAAUUUUGUCUGAAUAUCGAGCGAUUUGAAAAAGAAAAUAAACCAACAUUUAUUAAU